UUUAGGAAACAAAACAAUUUUGUCUAUGGUCCCUACCUAAAUAAUGGCCUAUGGCUACUGUAUCAUUAAUUUUAUUGUUUCUAUUGUGUAUAAUUAGUAAAUAAACACGAAAACAAGAUUUUCUUAAAUCUAAAACUACAAAGCAACAUUGCAUUCAUGAAGAACACACAAAUAUAUCUGGAGAAACGUGUAAAUUGCUUAUAACGAAAAUGAAUAUAAAUGUCAAUGUUUAUGAAGUUCCUGUGGUGAACGCUGUUAUAAUGCACCAACCGGCGCCCCCAGAGCCUCAACAGAACCAUGUACAGCAGCCCCCGCCUCAGGUUAACCCACCAGAACAACAACAACAGCACCUCGUUGAGAGAAAACCGAAAAUCGAUAAGAAAAAGAAAGAAGCUAUUGAGGGGCAAGCUCGAGAGAUAAUCUUUAAGGUAAUAAAGUUCUUUGAGAGUGAAAAACAGAACAGAGGAUACGCGUAUCCAGUAGAGAAUGUUGUUAAAAGAGCGUGUGCGGCCACAGGACUGUCUGAAAGUACAAUAAAGAGGAUAAAACGCGAUGGUUUGAAAGCAGAGGCAACACAGACUAAAAUUGCUGGCCCCAAGAAGAAAAGAGUUCGGAAAACAAAGGUUCAACUGGAUUACUUCCAGCUAUGCGCUCUAAGAGGUAUAGUGAAUAGUUAUUCAGUGAGAAAAGAGGUCCCAACACUUGGGAAGAUUCUUAAUGCCGCAAAAGUAGAAUUAAACUACAGAGGAGGUAAGGAAUCUUUAAGAUUAAUAUUACUAAACAAGCUUGGUAUUAAGUUUAAGAAGUGUGAAAAGAAGAAUAAGAAGCCUCCGGAACAACCACCACAACCACCGCAACCUCAACCGCAGAUCCAGAAUAUCAUGCAACACCAACCGAUGCAGCAGGUUAUGAAACCAGUUGACAAUCAGUGUGUCUACACGUCUAUGAUGCCGCAUGUACCACCAGUAUCGUAUUAAACUAGGUUACAAUGAGAAUUAUAUCAAAUAUGUUAUGUUUUGUUCUUAAAACUGGUGUUACGGAUCAUUUUGUUAUUAUUUUAUAGGUGUUCUGAUAAGAAUGUCGUGUUUUCAUAUUGGACUAUAGCUUCUUGUGCGCUUUCACCUGCUGCUCGGGUCCUAUUGAAUGCAGCGUGAUAUUUUAUAGCCUAUACCCUUCUUUGAUAAAUGCGCUAUCCAACACAAAAGAAUUAUACAAAUCUGACCAGCGAUUAACAAGUUCAAACAAACUGACUAAAAUCGCAGGUUACUUACAUGAAUAUACUGAGAAAAGCUCUACUAAUUUCGAACCACAGAGGGGUUCUUCCUUAUGAAUAGCGUGCUUCAGCUUUAUAUUAUUGUAUAAGAAAAGAUAGUAUGUGAUUGGGACGGCUAAUACUUCAAGAAGUAGCAUCAAAACUUUUGGUUAGCCCAAUGUCUUGUGUUGGUUAUAGCCAUAUAUCCCCAAGCAGUCACCAAUGAUCACUCUCGACUAACUACAUUAUAGACCUUAUUUCCAAUGUUUAGAGACUACUUAUAUAUGAACGGAUGUAGCGGAUGAUAUUUCAACAGGAUAGAGUAACUUAUUAAGCCACAAUUAUGAAAAAUCUUCAAAAUUUAUUCAUAAAAAAGUAGUUUUUAAAUACCGGAAAUACGGUCUAUAGUGGAGUUAGCGGAGAGCAGUCACCGGUGACAGCUUUAGGACCCCGGUCCUACCUAACUGCCCGCAGUUAGGUAUUCCAACAGUACUAGAGGCAUCAAAAGUUACUAUGAAGGAGCUUCUUUUGAUCUAUUCAGGGUUAAUAAAGGACUAGCUUCCUAGCUUCUGCCAUCAGCUUCGCCCGCAUUUACAUGGGUUCAAAAAUAGCCUACGUCUUAUUUCAGAUCUUAGUCUACCCAUACUCCAAAUAUCAUCCUGAUCACUUCCGCCAUUUUAACGUAACUGAGUAAUAAUUGACAAACAUACAUGCAAACUUGCAUUUAUCAUACUAAUUAAAACUAGAACUAUUUUGAGUAGUUUGGUAUGCUGUUGGCAUCCAAAUUGGCAUCAAAAUAGUCUUAUUAGAAUCACCUAGAUUCCUUAACCAACGAGCAUGGAUGAAAAGAUUGAUGACUGUUGAUGAAGCGAAAGAGGUAUGUAGGAAUCAUAGU